AUGAGCCUCGAGUGAGCGCGCUCAGAGGGACACAGUGAUAAUGCAGCGAGGAGGAUUUUCUUCAUUACUCUGACUCACAUUGCUGAUAUCUGAAGAGAAAAUCAAUAUUCUUCAUCGUCUCGGUAGGCACAAUGGCACGAGGAGAGGGCGUCGAGCAGUACGCGACGAGUUUACUGUCAGUGAAAUCUUUAAAUACAGAGGUCAAGACAGCAAAGGUAAAGGACCAGAGAAACCGUCUAUCUGUGUGGAACAAACUGUGCUAUGCCAUCGGUGGGGCUCCCUACCAGAUCACAGGCAGCGCCCUGGGCUUCUUCCUCCAGAUCUACCUGCUGGAUGUGGCUCAGCUGGAUCCCUCCCAUGCCUCCAUCAUCCUGUUUGUGGGCCGGGCCUGGGACGCCGUCACAGACCCAACAGUGGGCUUCCUGGUGAGCCGUAGUAGAUGGACAAGAAUCGGCCGCAUGAUGCCCUGGAUCCUUUUGUCUACGCCGUUUGCGGUGCUGACUUAUUUCCUGAUCUGGUAUGUGCCUCCUUUCCAACAAGGGAAGAUUAUCUGGUACCUGGUCUUUUACUGCCUCUUCCAGUCAAUGCAGACGUGCUUUCAUGUGCCAUAUUCAGCCCUCACCAUGUUCAUCAGCAACGACCAGAAAGAGAGGGACUCUGCCACUGCAUAUCGUAUGAUGGUGGAGGUGCUGGGCACAGUUCUGGGCACUGCAAUCCAGGGACAGAUAAUAGGUGGUGGCCAAGAUUGUCCCACUGAUGAGCCUGAUGUCAUUGACAGCAGGAACUCCACCAAAAUCAACACUUCCAGAGUUACACUGGAUGAGACAAAACAAGCCUACUUGAUUGCUUCAGGGGUCAUCUGCAUCAUCUACGUCCUCUGUGCUGUAGUCUUGUUUUUUGGUGUAAAGGAGCAAAAAGAGAACGGGCGAAAAAGAUCCCAGCUCCUCACCUUCCGUCAGGGCCUGUGGCUGGUGAUGAGUCACGGACCGUACAUCAAACUAGUCAUCGGGUUCCUCUUCACCUCUCUGGCCUUCAUGCUACUGGAGGGAAACUUUGCCCUUUUCAUCACCUACUCUCUCGGCCAUAGGAAAGACUUCCAGAAUAUCCUCCUGGUCAUCAUGCUAUCUGGGACUCUAACCAUCCCAUGGUGGCAGUGGUUCCUCACCAAGUUUGGGAAGAAGAUGGCUGUGUACUUUGGCAUGACAUGGGCGAUACCCUUCAUGAUCCUAAUCGUUUGCAUCAAGAGCCACCUGAUCAUAUCGUACUUGGUCUCAGUGGCGGCAGGCGUGAGCGUGGCGGCAGCUUUCCUCCUGCCUUGGUCAAUGCUUCCCGAUGUAGUGGACGACUUCAAGGUUAGGAACCCAGACAUCCACGGUCACGAAGCCCUCUUCUACUCCUUCUAUGUGUUCUUCAUCAAGUUUGCCUCUGGUGUAUCCCUCGGUAUCUCAACACUCAGUUUAAAAUUUGCCGGCUAUGUGACCGGGUCCUGCUCACAACCCGAGUCGGUCAGUUUAACCCUGAAGGUGCUGGUGUCUCCUGUGCCUGUGGUUCUUAUAGCUGUGGGACUGUUGAUAUUGAGAACGUACCCUAUUGAUGAGGACAGGAGGCAGGGCAACCGAAAACUGCUGCAGGAAAUGCUGGACUCUGAAACAGAUUCUGAGUCUGAAACUUCAGCGCUUGGGAGCAGCGUGUAACGGAGGAGGACGAGCCAACCACCACCACUGCAUGUUUGCACAAGCUGUUGAGGGACAUGACCACCAACUAUCUGGACUAACAGAGGAGGGACCAAAGACCACUAUUGCUGCCUAAAACUGAACAGCAUGAAACGGACUCCCUUCAGUAGAUCCCUCAGGUUUACGUCGCCCUCUAGUGGCCAGCCAGUGUCAUCUUUUGUGCAAUUGAAGUUUCUCCAGCUGUGUCCCAAUAAAACUUCAUCUGCUAAAACUGAAAAGCACACAGUUUACAAAACGCCAGUGUUUUAUUUAUUCAGGUAGUGUAGUGCCAAAGUUAUUGACCGUUCUCCAACCCUUUCACCUCCCAGUAUGCUGAGGUUGUCUUUCAUUGUUUAGCUGAAACCACCAUGGGAUCGGUCCAUAUUUUAACCUAAAUGGGUAUCUACCACUAAACUGGACAGUAACCUCUUAUCACCCUAUAAUUUAAAAGGAAGACAAAACAUGUUUUUGUUCAACCACUACAGUUUGAGACUCAUGGGAGCUGUAGUCAUUUUUUAUCUUUUAUUCAACAAAGAGAAUUUUUUCCAAAGAUGUAUUACUUUAUGACUUACUGAGAUGUACCUGUAGCUUUCUACCAUGUCAUUUACCUUGACUAGUUGUUCCUCCUCCACUUCCUUUGUGUGAUGAAUUGUGGGAUUCUAGUGUUGAACUCUAUUCUUACACUCCUCCAGUGGGAAUGCACUACACUACAUACUGAAAAGCUGGUUAGAAUAGACUGAGAUUGGGACACAGCAUGUGAUUUGUGAUAUUGUUUAUGAAGUAUUCAUUCACUGGUUUACAAGAUCGGACCUAUACUCGUGCAGAGUGUGAUGUUACCUUUGAUGUUUACCAUGUCAUAGGUCAGCUGUCUGUGACUUUCCACUCAGUCGGUGCUCUGUAGGAAAUCUACAGCAUAGCCCUUAUUUAUGAAGGGCAUACCAGCACUAUUCCACUAAUUGGAGUUGUAUGGAGCUGUGCUACAAUUUGUACUUUUCAUUAGAUGUUGUUUCCUAUAGAUAAUUUCAUGAAGGCAAAAACAAGUGUACUUGAAUCUUCUGAAGGGGAAAAGGCACCUUGCAGUACUGUAUGUAGUCUGAAUCACUACCUUACAUCUUUGUAAUAAGUUGCGAUGAGAUUUUCUGUUGAAUUUGUUAUCGAGUUAUUUUUCUUUUUGCUACUCAGAAGGGUUUCCCAUCAUACCUUUUUGUGCUUUAACAUUUCAGCCAGUCUCUCAUGAGGUUUAAUAUACAUUUCUGAAUGUGCUUUUACAACGAAGUCUUUUCAUUGAGCAUAUUCUAAAAAUGUUCAAAAAUGCUUUAUUUAAUUAUUUAUUUAAACAAACUAUUGAAGGGAUUAUAAUUCUUCGUAUGAAAGCACAUGUGUAUAAUAACUUAUUAACAGUGUAUGGUUACUGACGAAUAUGUUAGUGAUUUUGAAGUCCUACUGAAAACAUUUGAGAACAUCAAAAUGGUGGAUUUUUUUUUCUUUUUCUAAGAAAAUAAAAUAUCAAGUUGCUAUAAUGUGAUAAACUAGCCGCUUUUACAGUAUUGUGACACAACAGCAGCACAAUCAAAUAGAUGCCUUGAUUUAACCUCAAAUGACCUUAUUGGUUAAAAUAGUUCAAAAAAGAUCUUUAAAAUGUAAUAUAUUCUGCAUAGUUUUCAUUUUGCUUUUGAAAUUGCACUGAAUGAACUGAUUGAAAACACAUUACAAUCUCUACUUGGUGUUUAUAUGCUGCUGUAUGUAUAAUAUGUAAAUACUUUUUUCUAAGUUGGACCUGACUUGAUGAGCAGUAUAUAAUUCAGUGAAGAUAUGAAUUCAUGUGCUGUACAUUUGUAAUUUUAAGUCUGAAUAAAGUUUGUCAAAGCA